AGGAUGAACGGAAUGUGGGCCACUGACCGGCGUAAUGCCAGCGCGAGAAAGUGCCACGACUCCACACAGACAUCGACUGACUCCUCAAGCUGGGGAUAAGAAUUUUUUUGUUUUUUUUUGUUUUGUUUUUUUGGCUGGAGAGGUGAGGCUGUUGGAUUCGAGAUAGUCACUUCUGUUUAAACUCUUCCUGAAGUGAUUCAUCCAACGGAAAUCUGCCGCGAGAAAAGAACGGAAACUAGCAGUCAUGGAUAUCUACGAUCCUCAGACCCUUGGAAUUGUGGUGUUUGGUGGCUUCAUGGUGUUCUCAGCCAUUGGGAUUGCUCUGGUCUCAACAUUUUCCAUGAAGGAGACCUCAUAUGAAGAAGCUAUAGCCAAGCAGCGGAAGGAGCAGGGGAAGACUCCAUCUGGCCAACGGUCAGACAAGAAGAAAAAGGACAAGGCAGCUGAGAAGAAAAAUCGUACUAAGAAAAAGGAAGAUAAGCCCAACGGGAAGCUCCUGGAGUCAGAGGCCACCCCUGAGGUAACAGAAGUGCCAGCUGAGCCCAUUCCUCUAGCCCAGGAACAAGUUUCUACACCAGUACCUAAACAAGAGGCCACAGCUCAGAAGUCUCCCCAAUCCACCCCUUCUCAGAAGCCCACUCCACCUGCCCCGGCUCAGAAAUCAGCUUCAACUGUCCCAGCCCAAAAAUCAACUCCACCUGGCCCGGCCCAGAAAUCUGCUGAACCUAUGCAAAAGUCUACUCCAGCGCCUCCUGCCCAGAAAUCCUCUCCAACUCCCUCUGCCCAGAAAUCUGCUUCACCUCCUCCUACCCAGAAAUCUUCACCGGCACCAGCCCAAAAGUCUGUUCCAGCUGCCCCUGUACAGGAAUCCGCUUCACCUGUCCCUGCUCAGAAGUCUGCUUCAAAUGCCCAGAAAGCCACUCUACCUGUUCCAGCCCAGAAAGCAGCUCCACCUGCCCCAGACCAGAAAGUCGCUCCACCGGCCCCUGCACAAAAAUCUGCUCAAACUCAAAAGGCUGCUCCAACUGCCCCAACACAAAAAUCCUCUCAACCUGCCCAAUCCCAAAAGGCUGCUCCAACUGCCCCAACACAGAAAUCUUCUCAGCCUGCUCAAAUCCAAAAGGCUGCUCCAACUGCCCCAACACAGAAAUCUUCUCAGCCUGCUCAAAUCCAAAAGGCUGCUCCAACUGCCCCAACACAGAAAUCUUCUCAGCCUGCUCAAAUCCAAAAGGCUGCUCCAACUGCCCCAACACAGAAAUCUUCUCAGCCUGCCCAAACCCAAAAGGCUGCUCCAACUGCCCCAACACAGAAAUCUUCUCAGCCUGCUCAAAUCCAAAAGGCUGCUCCAACUGCCCCAACACAGAAAUCUUCUCAGCCUGCCCAAACCCAAAAGGCUGCUCCAACUGCCCCAACACAGAAAUCUUCUCAGCCUGCCCAAACUCAAAAGGCUGCUCCAACUGCCCCAACACAGAAAUCUUCUCAGCCUGCCCAAACCCAAAAGGAUGUUCCAACUGCCCCAACACAGAAAUCUUCUCAGCCUGCUCAAAUCCAAAAGGCUGCUCCAACUGCCCCAACACAGAAAUCUUCUCAGCCUGCUCAAAUCCAAAAGGCUGCUCCAACUGCCCCAACACAGAAAUCUUCUCAGCCUGCUCAAAUCCAAAAGGCUGCUCCAACUGCCCCAACACAGAAAUCUUCUCAGCCUGCCCAAACCCAAAAGGCUGCUCCAACUGCCCCAACACAGAAAUCUUCUCAGCCUGCUCAAAUCCAAAAGGCUGCUCCAACUGCCCCAACACAGAAAUCUUCUCAGCCUGCCCAAACCCAAAAGGCUGCUCCAACUGCCCCAACACAGAAAUCUUCUCAGCCUGCCCAAACCCAAAAGGCUGCUCCAACUGCCCCAACACAGAAAUCUUCUCAGCCUGCCCAAACCCAAAAGGAUGUUCCAACUGCCCCAACACAGAAAUCUUCUCAGCCUGUCCAAACCCAAAAGGCUGCUUCAAAUGCCCCGACCCAGAAAGCUGCCUCACCUGCCCCAGCCCGGAAAGUCACUCCACCAGCCCAAGUGCAGAAAUCCUCUCCACCCGACCGUAAACCCAGUCCACCUGCCCUGGCCCCUUCCCAAAAAGAUUCUGCAGGUCCUACCCCUCCUGUAUCCCGUCCUGCUCCUGAAGAUGCUCCGCCUGCCCCAUCUCCUAAGGAAAAGAGAAAGAAGAAAGCCAAAGCAGAGUCUGUUUCUGCUGAGAUUCAGCCCAAAUCUGUGGCUCCAUUGGAGAUGGUGACCAAAAAAGUUCCUGUCAUGGCAGUGCCUCCAGUGGGUACUCCGAAAGCUGUCUCAGCAACUGCUGUGCCGGCCAAAGCAGAAGAGCCCAAACAGGAUGCACCAGCUAAGAAGAAAGGAGGAUCCAAGAAGAAGUCAGAGCCAGCGGUGGCUGCAGACCCCGUGGACAGUCCACUCUACCUGCCCUACAAGGCCCUGCUUUCCACGGUGAGGAGUAUGGUGUUCACUGAAGGAGAGGCCCAGCAGCUCAUUGAGAUUCUGUCUGAUAAGGCUGGCAUUAUUCAGGACACAUGGCACAAGGCCACACAGAAGGGUGAUCCGGUAGUUGUGCUGAAGAAACAGCUGGAAGAACGAGACAAGCAGCUGGCAGCUGAGCAGGAAGACUCAGCAGCUGUUAAAAGUCGACUGAGGGAUUUGACUAAAGAUCUCUCUGUGGAGAAGUCAAAGGUGGCGUCUGUAGAGACCAGGCUGAGCUCUCAGCUGAGUAAGCGAGAGCAGGACAUUAUCGCCCUGCAAGCACGCAUGCAGGCCAGUUAUCAAGACCACCUUGCGGAGACUCAGCAGCUUAAUGCCAAAAUCUUGGCUCUCCAGGACCAGCUGGAGAAAGGCCCUAAUGCUCAGCUGGCCCGUCUACAGCAGGAAAACUCUAUCCUCAGAGAUGCGCUUAACCAAGCCACCAGUCAGACGGAGAGCAAACAAAAUGCUGAAUUGGCCAAACUGCGUCAGGACUGUAUUCGACUGAAUAAGGAGCUGGUGGAGAAGAACGAGGCCUUGCAGGGUGACGAACAGCUCAGGAAAAAUCUGGAAUCUAAAGCUGCCAUGGCUGAGAAACAACUGACCCAGCUGCAGGCAAACAAGGUGAGCAGUGAACAGGCACUGCAGAAGCGUCUGGAGGAAGUGAGUGAGGAGCUCAGACAGACCCAGAGCAGCAGAAACAGCCUUCAGACACAGCUUGAACAAGCUCAGAAAGACGCCACUGCUCUAGCAGAGGCUCAAGCUCGUGUGGCCAGUAUGGAGGCGGAAAUGAAAGAGCAGACCGGACAGUUGGAGAGUCUGCAGAGCCAGCUGAAACUGCUGGAGGCGAGCCAGAGCAAAGAACAGAACCACAAUUCAGAGGCUUUGAUGACUGAACUGGAGCAAGCAAAGAGCAGCCUGAAGGAGAAAGAAGAGGAACUGAUCCAACUCAAAAACAUCAUAUCCAAUCAGGUGGAUAACACAACAAAGGUGCAGCAGUUGCAGCACAGCAUUAAAGAAAAGGAUGACCAAAUAGCAACUCUUCAGGGAGAGCUCCAACAAGUUAAAGAAAAAAGUUCAGACCUCACCAGACUUGAAAACACAGAAAUGCUGGAACAGCUUCAAAAUAGUUUGGAAGAAAGAGAGUCUCGGGUGGCUCUGUGUGAAGAAGAGAUGAAGCAGUGUAAAGAACAGUAUGACACUAAACUGGCAGACAGCACAGCCAAGCUGGAGUCACUACAUAAAAGUGUCACUGAAAAAGAGAGCCUAGUGACAUCACUACAACAGGAAGUGCAGCAGCUCAAGGAACUAAAUCAGUCACAAGGCAAGAGUUACGAAAGUUUGGAGGACAUGCUGAAAUCUGUCCAGGCUGAGACCAAAGAUGUUCUUCAUUCUCUUUUCCCACACAUCAACAUAGAGACAGCGCAGACCAACUGGCUGCAAGACUUUGCUGUGAAAGCACAAGAGUUGCUAAAUCAAAAGCAACAGAGCCAAGAAUCCCAGCAAAGCACAGAGAUGGCGGAGAUAAUGGGGAAACUACAGGCAGCCCAGGAGAGUCAGUGCACAUUACAGUCUGAGUGUGAACAGUACAGGAGUGUACUGGCUGAGACGGAGGGGAUGCUGAAAACACUUCAGAAGAGUGUAGAGGAGGAGGAGACAGUGUGGAAGACCCAGAUAAUGGAGUCAGAGGAGAAACUGAGAAUGGCACUCAAAAAGGUGCAGGAAUUAGAAGAGACAACAGAGAGCUUGAGAGAGAACCAGAGAACCCAACAGCUGGAGCAGAAAGUGAUGUUGCUCGAGGCCCAGUUGGAGAAACAGCUCCAGUCGGUGGCCACUGACAGCCAGAGUCAAUCUGAAGAUUUGAAGCAUGUUUUAGCAGAAUCCGAAAGACAGCUGAGUGCAGCCCAGAAGGAGAUACAGACGCAGAGGGAGGAGCUUUCACAGGUCAGGCAGCAACUGAGUGACGUGACAAAGCGAGCUCAGGGAGUGGCAGAGAACGGGCAGCCUGAGGCGGAGGAGUGUCAGGUCCAGGCUCAGCUGGAGCAGACGUUGGAAAAACUGCAAGGUGAACAGGCUCUAAACCAGCAGCUCUCUGCAGAAGUGGAGCAGGCUCAGGACGCCCUCAAAAAACAGCUUCAGAGCCAUCUAGAACAGAUGAAGUCAGCUGGAGAUGCUGCAGCCAUGGAGGAUGUUGUUCAGCUGAAGGAGUGUCUAGAAAAGGAACGAAAGAUGACCAAAGAUUUGGGUCAGGCAGCCACCAAACUCCAACAACUGCUUAGAAACAGUCAGGACCAACUUUCCAAAGAGAAAGACAAAGUCAGGACCCUGCAAGAUCAACUGCAAGACAAGGAGGGUGAUGGAGAGCUGAAGCAAGGCACUUCUGUUUGAGGUGUAAACCAAAACAAAUUGCCAAAAAUUGCCUUAAGAUGACCAAAAUGAAGCAUUCCGAAAUUUUUCUUCCUUUUUUUGUCGUACUAUAAUCUUGGGAGAACUUGUUUGAAGACUUCUGGAGAAAUGUAACUCAUGCAAACAUUUUAUUUCGGAGAUGUGCUGGACAUAUUUUCACUUCACAUUCCAUCUGAAAACUUCUGGCUAUGUCAGAAAAUAUUCCUCAACUGCCUUAUAUAUUCUUAGUGUUCCCGCACCUCUCCUCCUGAUGUCAGUGUUAAAAGGGAAACUGCAUUGUACGUUAUGCGUACAUUAACUGGUGCAAUUAAUUUCUUGUAAGUAAAUGAGUAUGCAUAAUUGUGUUGGUACAUGGGUACAGCAUUUGGAAUGCCCUCUCUGUAGCUGGCUUCAACAUCAUUGUAGUAAGUUCGAUAAUAAAUGGCAAUAUAGCUUUA